AUGAACGGCCACGCACAGGGAAACACGCUCGGGACGCAACCGUUGGGCCCUCCGCAGUUCAUCGGUUCACGAAUCUCUUUGCUUUCGAAAAUGAACGUCCGCUACGAGGGUGUUUUAUACAGUAUCAACGCGCAGGACAGCACGGUGCAACUGCAGAACGUGCGCUGUUACGGCACGGAGGAUCGCGUGCGGCCGGACGGAGGCCCGCCGGUCCCGCCCUCCCUUGAUAUCUACAGCUUUAUCGUUUUUCGGGGUGCGGACAUUCAGGACUUGAAGGUGGUCGUGCCGGCGCCAGUCGCACCGCCGCAACUGCCGCCGCAGCAGGGAGCGUCGCUGCAGUCUGUCGCGCCCCCUGCGCCGCCCCAUGGAUACCCCCCGGGGACGGCGCCAUCGUCCAUGAUGGGUCCACCGUAUUUCCCUCCAUACGGAGGCAACAUGAUGCCGACCACAAACGCUUCAGGAGGACACGCGGCCUGGUCCGCGGGCAGCUCGCUGCCGAUGCCUCAGGCCCCGCCGCAGACGUUCGCGCCUCCUCGAUCGGAUACGACCUCGUACGGGCAGCCGUACCCGCAGCAGCCGAGCUAUCGCUAUGAUGUGCCUCCUGUUCAACAAGCACUCCAGGGCUAUCCGGGGGCGCCCCUGCCUACAUUUAUGGGAUCUGCGGUUGAUUGGGAGGAUCGCCCGUCGCCGAGUGCUGGCGCACCAGUCCCAGGCAGAAAUGUGAUUGAGAAUCCACCAUCUGGCCGAGGCAGUGAUACUGAAAUCAAUAAGGAAAGCACCGCUGUGACCGCUACUCGGCAGUCACAGGCCGAGCCUUCCGCAACACGUGUUCCAGUCGGGAAUGAGGACAUGCACAUGGAUCCCAAAAGACAUCCCGAGCAGCAAAAUGAGCCAAGAAGCACGAAGCAGGAGGAGUGGAAGAGCAAGGAAACCACCGGCGAGGGCCCGGAAAGGAAGACGUAUGGGCGCCCUGUGAACCCAACCAGAAGUGAUCGCAGAGAGCCUGAAGCGACGACAAAGCCUCCCGCACCGAACGGGCGCUUCCGCAGGCAGAUGCAGCGAAGCACUGGUGCUGCUGAUCGCCACGCUGGCGACACGAAUCAUAGACAUGGACAGCAUCUGCAUGACACUACUCGGAGAGGAAGCGGGCCGAGCAAUACGAGAACACAUUGGACCCGUCGCCAAUCGUCGACGCCCGCGGCUAUCGAAGAGUUCGAUUUCGAAUCCAUGCGUGAGAAACUGCAAAAAUCUCUGCUGAUUGAAGAAGAGGUUCUGAAAAAAAUACGCGAACAACCGAAAAAAUACGAUAAGAACAAAUCGUUUUUCGACUCUCUAGGCGACGAGACUGCAUCUGAGGUGCUUGCACCCCCAGCGGGUAGCGAAUCCGUCACCAGUGACGGUGCUCAACUCAGCGAAAGACCCAAAGCAACGCAGCGCUCUUCCGAUGCAAAGAAUGUUGAAACCUUCGGCGAGGCGGCGAUUCGUCUCCGUCGCCAACGGAGUCGAAACAGCGGACAUGCUCGCCAGUACAGAAGACCUCCCGACGGACGCCCAACGAAUCGGCAACGAGUGCCCGCGUCGAGAGGCGAUGCAGCCCCGAAGCGCGCUGCACCACCGGAGGCGUCCACGCGCGAUGCAGAGCCUGCAGUCUCCGUGUAG